AUGAAUCACAUAAAAGCUAUAUUUUAUAAAAACCAAACAAGUAGAAACUUGUUUUUUUCAUUAAAUAAAAAUGUUAAUAAUCAAUUAAAAAGAAAUAUGAGUACUGAUAAAAAAAAUUUGAAAGAUUAUGAAACUAAUGUUGAUAAUGUAGCUACUAAUUUGCCAAAAGGAAUAAGAAUACCUAUAAUGAAUUAUCUCUAUGGUAUUAUAUUUCUAAUGGCUUUUGUUCCAAUCUGCCAAUCACUUUACGAAACUAAUAAAUAUUACAAAGAAAAUAAACACUUAUACGGGAAAGAAAAAAGUUAA